AUGGACAGUGAUCUUGGAUACAGCUCAGAGUAUACCUUUGACAUCUUACGGAGAGAAUGUAGAAUAUUGCUGACCAGAAGCGUAGGUAUUAUUGACGGAGAGUCCGGCUCCCUGGUGAUUGACCAAGAGACUCACGAGAUCUACGGUCAUGUUGUAGCAUGCGAUCCGCGUGGGUGCGCAUAUGUGGUCCCGAUGACGAAGAUUUGGACACAAAUGGAAACUCAGUUCGGGCCAGGCUCCAUCCAUGUCUUUACCCCAGAAACUGCCCCAAACGCGAUGUUGGGCCAGAGUCACAAGUCAAUCGAUCAGCCGCGCAGUUUGGGUUGGACUCCUGACGCUACCAAAACAGAACCGGCCGAUGACGGACCUGGCACAAUCCCAGCUACAUUGGAUAAUCAUGACCCAGCCUUCGACACUGACGCUGCGAUGGUCUCUGUCUCCGUGCCCUCCCCCUUGGGACAACACGAAACACCCGAUAUCGGGGGUCAGGCAUCGAUCAGUCUCCCAGAACUGGUGAGCGAUGAAAUACUCUCUGGUGAAAGGAUAUCUGCCGGUGAUGACUCCACAGAUGAAGAGGCUUCGGCGAUGCAGGAUGCCUUAGUCAGUGCCAUGGUCCUUACCCACUGGGGCACGAGACAGUUCUUGCCUCGGACUGCUUUAUCUACUAUCGUGAACACGAACAACGUCUGUCAGGAGCUGGAGAGGCUGGUCCGCAACCGGGACCUUCCCAAAAGAUGGUUGAAGGUCAGUGUUCGUGAAACCGCCGAUGUCAUUUGUCAGGCCAGCAAAUCGUUCCAGAAGGUCUUCGCCAUUCUGGUCUUGUUGGAGAGGGCGGGUUAUAUAUUUGACAUGAUUGCUGCGGGGACCUCGGACGACUGCUUGCCCCUUGUCCACGGUUCUGAGGAGGAACUCCAAUCGGCUACUCAGCCGCAUCUCAAACUGACUUACACCCGACGUUGGAGACCGUUUGUCAAGCAUGGUUUUGAGGACAGGCAGUGGUCCUUCCUAGCACCAGUUUUCAGCAAAGGAGAUGAUCAGAAUCCAGCCAGACAUUACAACUUUUCGGAUCGGCAGAUUUUGCCAUUCAUAGGUGGGCCUGGAAGAGAGACUGUCGAGUUGGUCGGUGGUUUUGCGUCCGUUACAAGUGUGGUGAUCCACCCCGACCAUCACGAGUUUGCCUCAAUGAUUCCGCUCGGAUAUCAAGGAAAUCGCUUUGCCUUGAAACAGCUCAACGCAUUAUCUUCGGAUGAUGAUUUCAAGUCCGAGAUGAAGGCUUUACAAUUCGCGACCAAGCAGUCAAAUCGCCACCUCCUCUCCUUACUAGCAACCUACCAGUAUCAUGGCCGCUAUCAUUUCAUACUCCCUUGGGCCGACAUGAAUUUGCACCAGUAUUGUCUUUCGGCGGACCCAACCUCGCAACGUGCCGCCCAACACUACCAGUGGGCUAUCGAACAAUGCAGAGGACUUGCUGAAGCCUUGUCAAGCUUGCACCGGGAGCGCGUCGAUCCAGAAGGCUUAAACGAUGACAGGGGAUUUUACAGACACGGCGAUAUCAAGCCGAGUAACAUUCUCAUCUUUGGUACAGGUACGGAAGAUGCUAUCGGAGGAAGCCUUGUUUUGGCCGACUUUGGGCUCGCUCGUAUUCACAACAGAAGGACCCAGUCUAGACAGAUGUCAGACCUUGUCUUCGGCACCGUGACAUAUGAAGCACCGGAAGCUGCACAACGACUGGGAGCAAGGAGUCGUGCUGUUGAUAUAUGGUCAUUGGGCUGCGUUUACCUUGAAUUUUUGACUUGGUUCUUGCUGGGUCCCAAUGGGUAUAACGAGUUUGCCGACAAGCGAUUGGCGGCGGAUGAACACGGUUUUGAUACCGAUACAUUCUAUGCGCUUUACCGUGAGGACAAUAUGCUUACAACGACUGUUAAGCCAGGUGUUGUGGAGGUGAGGAUCAAUCAUAUUUUUGGGACGUAUCCACCCGCUGACAAGGUUAUCACAGAUGUUUCAUGA